AUGGAAUAUUCCAAUUCUUUGCAAAGAGAAACUCUUACUUUUAUUCCUUGCGGGCUGUGUGCUGGUUUCAUAAGCCAUCUUUAUAAAGCUUUGCGUCGAAAACAUAACCCUACCUACAUUGACAACUUGAUUGAAAAAGGAGAUGAAGUUUGGGCAGAACUUGUGAAGGCAAUGAAACAAUCCACUUUGUUUCUUGUCGUGUUCUCGGAGAACUACGCGUCUUCAACAUGGUGUUUGAAUGAACUCGUUCAAAUAAUGGAAUGCCACAAAAAUGAUCAAGUUGUUAAUCCUGUGUUCUACCAUGUUGACCCUUCUGAUGUUCGGAAACACACAGGGAGUUACGGCACUGCGCUGGCAAAACACAAGAAGGAAGACAAAUGCACAAUACAAAGAUGGAAGAAUGCUCGCACGAUACAAAAAUGGAAGAAUGCUCUUUUUGAAGCAGCUAAUUUAUCUGGAUUUCAUAAUACAACUUACAGGUAUUAUUGA